AUGAGAGAUUUUCCUUCUUAUUAUGGGGAGCUGAGAGGAGUUGAACGUAAACUGAUGUACAAAUCUGAGGGAUUGGCCAUGGAAAGAAGCUUCUAUGGAAUAAGGAACUAUGAAGGUUCCAACGAGAGGGUGGUGAGUGUGGAAGAGUAUGGAGCAAAAGGUGGUGGAGUUGAUGAUACCAUGGCAUUUGAAAAGGCAUGGAAUGCAGCUUGCUCCUCUAACAGCCCAAUCACACUUAUGAUACCCAAGGGUAACAUGUACUUAUUAAAGCCUAUCACAUUUUCUGGUCCCUGCAAAUCACAUAUUUCAGUAAAGAUCAUGGGGACAAUUGAAGCUUCUUCAAAUCCAUCUGAUUGGAAUGGGAAAAACCAAAGGACAUGGAUUCUCUUCAACAAUGUAAACAAUCUAGUUAUUCUAGGAGGUGGAACCAUCAAUGGCAAUGGAAAGGUUUGGUGGCAAAAAUCAUGCAAAAUAGAUAAAUCACAACCAUGCAAAGAUGCACCUACGGCUUUAACUUUCAACGCAUGCAAUGAGUUGAGAGUAGAGAACUUGAAUGUGAUAAAUAGCCAACAGAUACACAUUGAGUUUGAGAACUGCAAAAAUGUCAUGGCUUCAAGUCUGACCAUAACUGCACCCAGCUAUAGCCCAAACACGGAUGGAAUCCAUAUCGCAGGAACACAAAAUAUUACUCUCAAUCGUUGCACCAUUGCUACUGGAGAUGAUUGUAUCUCAGUAGUGAGUGGAUCUCAGUAUGUGAACGCUACUAACAUAAUUUGUGGUCCUGGUCAUGGAAUCAGUAUUGGAAGCCUUGGAGCAAACGGGUCCAAUGACUUGGUCUCAGAUGUUACGGUGGACACUGCACAAUUGACUGGUACUUCAAAUGGUGUUCGUAUUAAGACAUGGCAGGGGGGGAGUGGCUAUGCCAAAAACAUAAUAUUCAAAAACAUUAUAAUGAAGAAUGUCCGAAAUCCAAUUAUCAUAGAUCAAAACUACUGCGACUCCACCAAGCCUUGCGCUCAACAGAAAUCUGCAGUGCAGGUGAGCAAUGUACAGUACAGCAACAUCAAGGGAACAAGUGAAUCAAAUCUGGCAAUAAAUUUCAGCUGCAGCAAAAGCUUUCCAUGCAGCGGAAUAAUAUUACAGGAUAUCAACUUGGUUAUGAGUUCUGGUAAAUCCGCUAACAGCUUCUAUGAAAAUGCCAAGUGGAUUAAGGAAGGGACAGUCAACCCUUCACCCUGA